GGUCUGUUUCCCGAACAACUCGAUGUUGCAUUCAAUGAGCGCAUCGAAACAAUUAGGGCGGCCAUCGCAGCCCAGCGUAUUAGCCUCUUGAAGUUACGAACUGGUACGACAUCGUCAUCCAUUGGUACAUCUGGAGGUUCUUCCUCUCUUUCUUGUCUCCAAUCUACCUUCGCCACAAAUAGAGAAGUACUUCCUGUCUGUGCACCCAAUUUUCUGCGCAAGACUUCCUUCAGCACUGCCACUGCAAAGCCUGGUUUGGCUACCGCUUAUUCCACCCCUGCUUCAAACUCGACCGAUUUUGAGUUGCCCAGCGCGAAUAUUGCGACACCUUCAUCCACAACAUUUGAAUCCAAGAAUUCACUGCCCAGCCUCACAAACGUUGAGCCUGCCGACCUAUCCAAGCCUACGGCGUCUGGAGCAGGGUUUGAAAGUCGUGAAAGUAACACGGAUUCUGCAAUGAACAACGAAAACCUGGACAGAGGUGAAAUGGAAAACUAUGACUCUUCUCAAGACCUACACGGACCGUCUCGACAGAGCAUAGAGGAUCAGCAUACCAACUGCCAAUCCGUGUUUCCCAUUCGACCCACUGGCCGCUGCCGGCCCAGACGGCGACGCAAGGCAAAGUGCCGAUUUAGAGCUGAUGGAACUGCAUCAUGGCCGAAAUUAAGGAAUUCUCGCCAUCGUAUUACUAGCCACCAAAGGCUAAUGCAUAUGCCAAACGUGCCCGACCUCCUACUAGCUCGUCUUUUUGGACUUAAAUCUCCGGUCCUCCUCCGCUCUACUCCCUAUCUAGCACUCAUUUAA